AUGCAGGAGAAAAAUGAGCACGAGAAUCUUAUGAUGUGUACAGGACCUUCAUUAGCACAAAUGUCAUUAUUACAAGAAAUUAAUUUUCCACGUGAUUUAGAGCAUGCAUUAAAAAUUUUAUAUCAAGGUCAAAGUCGCCAUCACUGUUCAAAUCAGUGUAAUAAUUAUAUAAGGUGCAUUGAAAGUUUAUCGAAUGUACAAAGGAUAACAGAGCUGAAUUAUUUGAGCAUAUUAAAAAUAUGCUUGUAUCUAGAACAAUUUGAACUAGACCUUGAAAUGAAAAAGUACACAUUGUUAAAUUAUGCAAUUGGAAAAUGUAAUUCAGAAAACAAAAUAAUUAUCAAUAUGGAAUCUUUAAAUAUUGAUCCUCCAAAAUUAAUCAGACCAGGUGAUACUGCAAUUUUUAGUGAAAGUACAAAUAAAACUCGUACAAACAGAACAAUUUGGACUAAAGUCCUAAUAGUGGUAAAAAAUAAAAUCACAGUAAAGCUUUGUCAUGGAAAAACAUCAAAAAUCGAAAAAAAAAGAUUUAAUAUUAGUUUCCAAAGCAGACAUUGGCCAUUAAGAUGCUGUCAUCAUGCAUUAACAAUAAUAAGUGAAUGCAAUUGGCAUGAGAUUAUAUAUCCACAAUUAAAGACAAAUUGCACAGAAAUAGAAUUUGACAUUGAAUGGAUAAAUACUAAUAUAAAGAAGAAUGAACAACAAAAGCAAGCAGUGAUGAAGAUAUUAAAUAAUACAGCACGACCUGCACCUUAUAUAAUUUUUGGCCCCCCAGGUACCGGAAAGACAGCAACAUUGGUUGAAGCUAUAUGUCAAAUUGUGAGACAAUAUCCGACAAAAAAUAUAUUGGUAUGCACACUAUCUAAUGCAGCAGCUGAUGAAAUCACCAAAAGAUUGAUUAAAAGUAUUCCAACAAACUUAAUAUAUCGAAUGUAUGCCCCAUCUAGAGAAUGGUCAUCUGUGGAUAAAGAAAUCCGACCAUGUGCAAAUUUUGUUCAAGACAUUACAAUUUUUUUAUCAAAAGAUAUACUGUUGUUGAAAAAAAUUAUUAUUUCAACAUUAUUAUCAUCUAUAAGAUUGAUUGGUGAAAAUUUCCGGAAAAAUCAUUUUUCUUAUAUAAUUAUUGACGAGGCAAGUCAAGCAAUUGAACCAGAUAUGUUAAUUCCUCUCGCAGUAACAAAUCAAGCUGAAGAUGAAGGGAUUGGAUUUCAACCACAAAUUGUUAUUGCAGGUGAUCCUUAUCAAUUAGGACCUGUAAUUCAUAGCAAGAGAAUUGAGCAUCUGCUCGGAAGAUCCAUGUUAGAAAGAUUAAUGAAUGAUUGUGAUCCAUAUAAAAUACAGAAAAAUGGAAAAUAUAAUCCGAACUAUAUAACAAAAUUAAUUAAAAAUUACCGAAGUCAUGAAAGUCUUUUAUAUGUGUCGAAUAAAUUAUUUUAUAAUGAAUUGAAGUUCUGUGGAGGAGCUGAUACGCAAAUGGCACUGAACUGGUCGCAGUUGCCUAAUAAAAAAUUUCCUAUGAUAUUUCAAGAAGUAUUAGGCACAGAACAAAGAUCUGAAUCUCUAAGUGUGUAUAACACAGCCGAAGUAUUAGCGGUAUUGGUAUACGUAGAGAUACUGAUGAAUACAAAAUUUAAGAAACAUGCGAUAACACCAAAAGAUAUUGGAAUCAUAACGCCUUUUACACGACAAGAGCUGAACAUUAAACAUCACUUAGCAGCUAUGAAUUUGAAAGAUAUAACUGUGGGAACAGUUGAAACAUUUCAGGGACAAGAACGAAAUGUGAUAAUAUUGUCGACGGUACGAUCUAUAAUCUUCAAACACAAUAAUAAAGAGCACAUUGGUUUCUUAUCCAAUCCAAAGAGAUUUAAUGUUGCUUUAACACGUGCAAAAGCACUUACUAUAAUAAUAGGAAAUCCAAAUAUACUAUGCACAAAUAAACACUGGAAUUUUUUGUGGAAUUAUUGUAAAGAGCACAACGGAUAUGUUUCCUUCAAACAGUUGCCGUUAAAAAAGAAUAAUCCAUUGAGAGUCAUGCAAUUGAAAGGAUGGAGGUAUGGUGUAUUUGUUGGAGGUUUCAUCGGACUUUUUGGUAUAUGCUGUUACGCCACGAUGAUAGGACCCAUGUUGAAUCCUGAACCAUACAAAAGAAUUCGAGAACGAGCCUUUACAGAUAAACCUUCAUAAUUUAAGUUUGUAAAAUUUAUUUGAAAAUUCCUGUAAAAUUAUUAGACAUGUUAGUUACAUGUGUGUUGUGAUGUUAUAUAAAAUCCUUUUCAU